AUGUCGACCGACUACGUUGUCGCAUUCCUCUACCCUAACCAUGCGAGUACGCUGCUUGUGCCAAUUGCUAAGUCGAUCGCAAUUCAGCUACCAGACAUCGAUUAUACAGAGGAAAUUCAGGUCUACGGUUGCGUCCCGAUCUCUAAUCCCCAAUUUUGCUUUCGCCUUCGAACCAGCAUAGAUGGCGUUCUUCUCCGAUCAUCGAGAGCGCUGCCAGGCGCGUCUGAGUCCCUCCAGCUCUUACAAAGGGAAAACAUACCUUUCGUUCUCCUAACAAACGGCGGGGGAAUGCAUGAAACCGAGAGAACUGCCCAAUUGAGCGAACACCUCCACAUUCCUCUUGAUACCGAUAUGAUCAUUCAAAGCCACACGCCCUUCGCAGAGUUGGUCAAAGAUAAUGAGGAGCAAUAUUCUCUUAGGGACAAAUGCGUUUUGGUGGUUGGUGGGGUUGGUGGGAAGUGUCGCUCCGUUGCUCAACGGUACGGGUUCAAAUCAGUCGUGACUCCUGGCGACGUCUUUAGCUCUCACCCUGAGAUCUGGCCGUUCUCAGAUGCCUUUAACGACUUCUACAGAAGAUUUACAACCCACCUUCCCAGGAAAAUAGACGCGGUUGAUCCGUCCAAAAGCCUUAAAAUUGAUGCAAUACUCGUGUUCAAUGACCCUAGGGACUGGGCAUUGGAUAUUCAACUCAUUAUUGACAUAUUACUGUCAUCUCAAGGGAUCGUUGGAACUUACUCACCCAAAAACAAUAACCCGGACCUACCAAACAGGGGUUAUCAGCAAGAUGGACAGCCACCGUUGUACUUUUCCAAUCCCGACCUUCUAUGGUCGGCCCAAUAUCACCGCCCAAGACUAGGUCAGGGAGGAUUUAAAGCUGCGCUCGAGGGUGUAUGGGCAGCUAUGACUAAAGGAGCCUCUCUAGAGACGACAGUGAUUGGGAAGCCUUGCGAGUUGACAUACAGGUUUGCUGAGAAGAGGUUGAACCUGGGGAGGGAGAAGAUGUUUGGAACUCAGGAUCUGCAGCCUCUUGAGGCUGUAUAUAUGAUUGGCGACAACCCUGAGUCUGAUAUCCGAGGAGCCAAUUCCUAUGAAAGUCCCAUUGGGACCAAGUGGAAUUCGAUCCUCGUAAAAACCGGGGUGUACUCCGACGGGAAACCUGCCUGGCCGCCCAGGAUCAUAGUCGACGAUGUGAAGCAGGCGGUUGAAUGGGGCUUAAUGCAAUCGCGGUGGCCCCGUAGUUGA